AUGACGACGAAACGACUAACGCAUGCUUUGGAAGAAGAUACCCGAAAUGUCGUGUACCUCUGCAACAUCGACGUUAAUGCUAAAGACAAAAUCUUCAGCAGAAUCGAUCGACGUCUGGAAAACGAGACUUUUCAGACACUUGAGGAAACAAAAUCCAGGCGGAAAAGAUGCUACGAUCUAAGGUCUAAGGGACCAAAGAUAGGAUUUUUGCCAUCAAUCCAUCAGCGCGGAAAAUUUAUUCAGAUUGCUUUGCACAUCCAUUAUGUUAUGGACCAGUGCUCCGUCGUGCUGGAACGAGUUCACCAGGACAUUAGUUGCAGUGAACUUGCAGUAAAUCAGGCAGGGCUUUCUCAUAGAAAAUAUGGUUUAUCUUGUUCCAGGAUGCUCGGGGAUGAAGAAAAUCCUAAGAAAGAAAGCGCAGAACAGGAAGAAAAAAAAAAUAGAACCUUUAAAACUCAGAACAGAGUCACAAAAGGUAAACCUCCUGAUCGCUACGGAUUCCAUGCAAAAUAUCCAAUCUCUCCCGAACCCGAAACCUGGACGGAAAUUCAAACUUUGGAAGAAAAUGAAAAAAGAAAAUGGCUGAAAGCUAUUCGAGAAGAAAUUAAUUCACUAGAAGAAAACAACACUUGGGAAUUAGUUGAUUUACCGAAAGGAAGAAAAUCAAUAGGAUCCCCAGAUGUAGAAAAUGCUUAUGGUCUGGAUUUUCUGAAGGUAAUUCCUUUAAGAGUUUACUUUGGUGGAACAAGAGAAGGUGUGGAUAAAGGAUUGUCGGAAGAACAGUUUGAAAUCAUCAGUUUUCAGCCAUUCAUUUCUCCGGAUAUUCAGCCAUUUGUGUUGCCGAAGGGUAGAGGUUGCAAACGAUCAAAUGUGCAAGAUCCUCCGGAACGUCCCAAUUUCGCAGACAAAAACAUAAUGUUUUCUGCUGAAGUUAUAUAUCGAGUAAUUGACAGAAAUGAACAAGAUGUAAAUGUAUGGAGUUACUACAGCACUCUCACUAUGGCUCUAGACAUCACCAGUCAACAUUUAGCGUAUUAUUAUACUCCUUGGGAUACAAAGAACUCAGAUGAAGAAUUGGAAGUCAAAGCUCCAGUACAUGUAAUUUUUGACAUGAAACAUGGAUACGCUUACCAGUUUGAUGAUGAAACCGGCAACUGUUCAAUUACACGAGAAAAAAGUUUUGUUCCGAAGUUCGAGUUGCCAAGGAACGGAGGAUCUGUGUCUUUAACUGACCCAAGUAUUCUUUUCCCCAAUGAUGAAUUGUACUAUAUGUCUAAGGGCAAAAUCAGAGGACUAGAUGUGAAUAUUUUUGAAGAAACCGUCGAUAAUUAUGUACUAGAUAAAAAAAAUGGAGAUCCAGAACAAAUUAAAAAAGCUAUUAUCACACAUUCAUAUUUAGUGGAUACUGAAGUCGAAAGGAAUAAAGAUUCAGUGAAGAAUGCCCUUACUCAAAUCCAGAUGAUUUUUAGAGGAAGAGAAGGAAAGAAUGUGGAAGUAUUGACUUUCAACUUCUUUGGAUUCAGUACACAGAUCAGAGCUCGUAGGAGAGUAUUCAACAUUCAGCAGUGCUACAGAAAUGAUGAUGACUACGUCUGGGUUACCCUAGGCUUCAAUGCAGAUAAAGAUGUGCUGCAGAAUAUCAAUGAAGAUGGUCCAAGUAUCCGGUCUAAUAUCUUGAACGCGCUUUCUCUUCAGUCAGAGAUUAAUGCUGUAAGAAUGCCAAUAAUACUG